AUGAAUUACGAAAGGGUAAGAGACGACGAGAGCGAUAGUGGAAACGAAUUCGAGUUGUCCCCUUUGGCUGGCACAGAGGAUAGUGGUACUCUCAAGAAUACGCACGCUAGACAACACUCAGAGGGUACUAUCAUCGACGCUGUCACUUCUAUCGUGCCAGAAUCAGACGAUCCAACACUCCCGACACUCACCUUUAGAGUAGUUCUUAUUGGUUCGCUCUUCGUCAGUCUUGGUGCCGCUUUCUCUCAACUCUUUUACUUCAAGGAUAACGCGCCUCAGUGGAACCCAUUCAUUGUUCUCCUCAGCUCCUACCCUCUAGGAAAACUCAUGGAGAGAGCUCUCCCUGAACGCCGUUUGCUGGGUGUCAAUCUCAACCCUGGUCCUUUCAAUAUCAAGGAGCACUGUUUGAUUAGUAUUCUGGCUACAAGCGGUGGAACCGCUGCAUAUGCUUCCGACGUGCUCGCCAUUUGCACUCUCUACUUCAAAGUUGACUUCCCAACCUGGGUUGCAAUCGCCUUAAUCAUGACAUCACAAUUUAUUGGCUAUUCAUUCGCCGGCUUGGGCUACAAUAUCCUCGUUAAACCUCUAAACAUGGUAUACCCAGCCAACCUUCCAACCAUUAGUGUUCUCACUACACUCCACGAAACAAACCAACUGAAACGUUCGAAAGUCGAUAGGAAAUUGCGAUUUUUCAUCUUUUCUUUCCUAGCUGUAAUAUUAUACCAACUGCUUCCUUCUAUAUUCGCACCAACACUUACAAGUAUAGCUUUCCUAUGCUAUUUCUCGAACAACUGGAUAAUGCGCACACUAGGUAGUGGCUAUCAAGGGUUCGGCAUGCUGGAUAUCAGUCUUGACUGGUCAUCACUAUCAUCAUUAGGACCUCUUUAUACUCCUCCUGAAGCCCUCUUUAACAUUUUCGCCGGUUUGGUCUGUAUGGUUUGGAUACUCGGUCCUUUGAUAUACUUCACCAACUUCUGGGACGCCCUUUCAUUCAAUUCACCUCUCUCUACUGGUCUGUUCACCAAGACACACCAAACGUUCGACGUCCAGGGUGUCUUAACUCCAGACCUUCACCUCGAUUUGAACAGCUGGGAUGAGCAAAAACCAUUGAUGCUGACACCAUAUUUUAGUAUAUUUUACUUUUUCACUUUUGCAACAUUCACAGCGACCAUUUUUCAUGUCUUGCUCUGGUAUUCUGGGGAUAUAAAAGCAGCAUUACUUUCUUCUAGAAAGGAAAGACUCACAGAUGAAGAGACAACAAAGGUCGUACCAAAGAGUUACUACAUCGUUACAUUCUUGGUGACGUUCAUUAUUGCAGCAAUCGUUUGUGCUCAACCCAUCAUUCAGUUGCCUUUCUGGGCACUGGCAUUAUCCCUUCUAAUGGCGGCCGUUUGUCUCGUGCCUCUUGGAAUUAUCAGAGCUGUUAGUGGGCAAAGUAUCGGGUUGAACGUCCUAUCAGAACUUGUUAUUGGUUAUAUAAUGCCUGGAAAGCCAGUCGCAAACACUGUUUUCAAAACAUUCGCCUACAAUUCACUCGCACAAUCAUUAGAUCUCAUCGAAGAUUCCAAAUUAGGAUUGAUGAUACACUGUCCACAAAAGGAUGUCUUUAUUUGUCAAUACAUUGGAACUGCGAUUGGGGCUAUCGUCAACUUUAUAGUAUUACAAGAUGUGAUAGACACUAAACGGCCUUAUCUUGAUGGUACGUUAGUCGAUCCAACCGGUCAGUACACCGGUAGAUCACCACGUAUUAUGUUCUCAGCAUCUGUUAUCUGGGGAUUGGUAGGACCUGCUAGAUUUUUUAUUGGCAAAUACAAAGUGUUGCUCAUCAGUGGGUUCAUUUUGGGUAUCAUCUUACCAAUCAUUACAUUUCUCAUUCAUAAACGCUACCCAAGAUUUGGAUUGAAGCAUAUUUCAUUCCCGCUCAUUUUCUAUGGUGCUACUCUCGUACCGCAGAUGCCAGCAAACGUUAUAAUGUCACUUUUGAUAGUAGGAUAUGUGUCUCAAGUGAUUAUAAAGAAGAAAUUUCCAAAAUGGUACACGAACAAUUAUAUUCUUAGUGCUGCAUUGGACGCAGGCACUAGCAUUUCUGCAUUAUUGGCAUAUCUAAUUUUACCCUACAUUCUCGUUAUUGUUCCAACAUGGUUCUUGAACCCGUCUGGAGACGCUGAACAUUGUCGAUAG